CAGCGCUGGCUGCAUCCGACGGCCAGCACCGCUCGCUGCCCCGCGCUCUGCCCUGCACCAUGGCGGCCCACCUGGCCCUCUGCCUGCUGUCGGCACUGCUGGCUACGGGUGGCUGCCUGAAGUGCGAACGCUGCAGCAGCGCUGACCGGGCGUGCACUGGAGAGCCGCAGGACUGCGCGCCCUCCCAGACCUCCUGCCUCAUCCUCACCUCGGAGACCAGAGUCGGGAAGGAGCAGAAGCUGGGCACCUACAAGGGCUGCACCGAGAACAAGUUCUGCCCCCCGCGCUCCUCCAGCCUCAGCUCCGCCUUCGGCCUGCGUGUGCGGAGCGCUGCCAAGUGCUGCCAGCGGGACCUGUGCAACAGGGGGGCCGUGAGGUUGCCACGGGCCCAGCCCAAACCCAGCGGGCUGCAGUGCCCGGGCUGCCUGUCCGACGGCACCGAAUGCCAGGCCAAUGAGACCGUCAGCUGCCUGGGCGCCGAGAACCACUGCGUCUACUUUGCUGGAUCCAUCACAACUGGCACCCGGAAUUACACCUACGCCGUGCGCGGCUGUGCCACCAAAAGCACCUGUGUCAGCAAGGUGGGGGUGUACAAGCUGCCGGGGGUCUUCACCGACAUCGUGAUCACGUCCGAAUGCAGCCCGGCCCCCACACCCGGCCCCAAGCAGAGCACUUAGCCCCCCGGUGCCAGGCGCCAGCCCAGCCGCUGCCUGGGGCACACGGAGCCCGGCUGGGUGGUCGCUCCUGUCGCCGUCGGCUCUCGGCACGAUCCAGGAUCGAGUCCCAGCGUCGGGCGCGUGCCGCAAACUGCUGGGAGGGGGGAGAGAUUAAUUUCCUGUGAGAACGUCCCUGAAUAAAGCAUCACCAGCGGGUGA